AUGAGUGAGGGGAACAGUGGAAACCGACUUGGGACUGGAGGAGCCACGAGGAAACCACGUGGGAAUGGACUCAUUCCCCCGUCCCAUGGGUUCCCCAUCGGUUGCCCCUCGCAUCAUCCGCGGGAUUUAUCUUCCUUCUGCCUUGUAGAUGGGAUCUUCGGAGGGGAACGAGCUCGGGACUGCGAAGUGGGAGACUGGAGCGAAUGGUCGCCGUGCACGGCAUGCGGAGGCCAGCGGGACUCAUACCGGACCCGAGACGUCCUCCGCGAAGCGGAGCGAGACGGGGCAGCCUGCCCCGAGCUCCACCAGCAGAGACCCUGCCCCUCUCCUUCCUCCCCUUGUCGCAGGGGGGAGACGUGGUGCGUAUGGAGUCAGUCGAAGGGCAUGCCGGAGGAGGUGGGACGGAAGUGGAAAUUGGACGAGGAAUGGGACGCGUCUGGAUGCGAAGGGAAGUGGAGGCCGGUGCCCACCACCCCGGGGACGGAAUGCAAGUGCCAGCCCGGCGACCUCCAUUGGUCUCUGGUCGUCCUCCAGUCGUAGAGUCCGGUCCCGACCAUCCUGGGUGGUCGUGGGAACGGGACGGGAUGCACGUGCCAGCUCGGUGACCUCCACUGGACCCUCAGUCGUUGAGUGCCUCCCUUGUGAUAACUCCGUUCGAUCUCUGACUUCCCUCGUGAACGUUGCUUCUUUCGUUAUGUUAGUCUCUCUGACGUUGGUUUCGAGAGGAAAUGGGAAACCUCGUGCUUGUCUAAUAGCUCGUUUUCCAACUUCCUCAUUGCCUAUGAUGAUGAAAAAAGAAGAUUCCAUGGAUGGCAUAUACCCUAAUAGAUUUUUACAGGUAAACAAGUGGGUGCCCAGAGGGUGCAGGUGUGUGUGUGUGUGUGUGGGGGGGGGGGGGGGAAG